GUGGUCGGGAGGACUCGGCCCAGCCGUUCGCUGGGCUCUGGAGGACACAUCCGCAUGUAUUGAUCCGGCCUGUCCCGAGGUGGAUUUCAACCGGAAUGAGCUGAGUUGAGACCACCGAGGGAGACGCUCCGUCAGCCUGGGCUUGGACCCUUCAGCCCCGAUCUUCGAGGAUCACCCAGUGCCGGUUCCUCACAACAGAAACAGUACACAAUGGACCGUCAUCAAGGGUAUUCUGGAGAGAUGUUUAACCGGCAUGUUCUCAAUGAUGACAAAUCUGUGGUGAGCCAGAUGCAGAAAAAGUACUGGAAGACAAAGCAGGUGCUCAUUAAAGCAACAGGGAAGAAAGAGGAUGAGCAUGUGGUGGCAUCUGAUGCAGAUUUGGAUGCAAAAUUGGAGAUUUUCCGUAUAGUACAGACAUCGUGCAUAGAUCUUCUGAAGGUUAUUGAGAAAUAUCAGCAAAGACUCAACACUCUAUCCCAGGAGGAGAAUGAGCUGGGCAUGUUCCUGAAGGGACAAAGCGAGCAAGAUAAAACCCCAGCUGGCAGGAUGAUGAAUGCCACCAGUAAAGCCCUGUGUGGUUCUGCAAAGCAAAGGUUAGCACUGCGUGUCCCUCUGGUCCGACUGGAGCAGGAAGUGGAGACAUUCCGGCGACGAGCAGUCACUGAUACUCUCCUCACAGUGAACCGGAUGGAACAGUGCCGGACAGAGUACAGGGGGGCGCUGCUCUGGAUGAAGGAUGUCUCUCAGGAGUUGGAUCCUGACACAUACAAACAGAUGGAGAAGUUCAGGAAGGUCCAGGCACAGGUGCGGAAUGCCAAAGUUCAGUUUGACAAGCUAAAGAAUGAUGUGUGUCAGAAAGUGGACUUACUUGGAGCGAGCCGUUGUAAUCUUCUUUCCCAGUCACUUGUUGCUUACCAGAAUACACUACUGCACUUCUGGGAGAGGACUGCUCAUGCGAUGGUACAGAUUCACGAGAGUUUCAAGGGUCAUCAGCCAUACAAGUUUACCACUUUGAAGAGCUUGCAAGACCCAUUUCAUCAUCUAACUGAGGAGGAGCUCAACCAGAGUCAGGAGAAAGAGAAGGAAUGUGUAACUAAUGACAUAGACAAGCUGGUGGUUCUGGAUGAAGAUGAAGAACCUGAACCUGGUGCAGGGGAUGAGAGUGAAGUACCAGUGAAUGCUUCCAACCAGGAUGAUACACAGUUAGCUGCAGAACUGGAACCAUCUAGCAUCACACAGCAGCUCUAUGAGAUGGUGCCAAAGGAUCUACUGCCUGAUAUGUUAGAAAGCGACAGUCUGGAGAAACACGAAUUAGCCUUUUUGAAUGACCUGUUAAACCCUCAACCCAGUAACUUCAGCCACAACUGGCCGAGUACAUUUGGAAGCUCUGAACCUGUGACUGGAAUGGUCGAACCCAAACCAACAGACACACCAACUGGUUUCCUGCCAUCUCAGCUCUUCGAGCUCAGCCAUGACCCAACAGGAUCUUUCAUUGGUUGGACAGAUGCACCCAAACAACAGCCAGCACCACUUCUAGCCCCACACCCGGAGACAAAGGUUUCAGAAACCAACCACCAGACUCUACCAAAUGUUCCAACUAAAGCUGCUAAGGGCAACACACAGGACAAAUCAGCUUGGUUCAAUCUGUUCGCAGACCUGGAUCCCCUAUCUAAUCCUGAUGCUAUUGGUCGUACGGCUGAGGACCUUCUUAAUGCUUGAAGCUGGGCAAGACAGACACUAAGUUAUAUAAUACACAAAUGUCUUACUACUGCAAUUUUAUCAAAUAUAUAUAUUGUUUAAUGUAUAUAUUUACUAAAACACUGGGUUACUAUCUCUUAAGCUACAGCAUUUUAGAGUUGCAAUGGGGGUUGGUUCAAUGGAAUGAUACUGAACCACUAAGCUACUGGGAUGUGGUGUUAAUGAUUCAGAGUUCUUGUUUAAUUUUUCACUUUCAGGGUGUGCUGCUGUAAUCUGGUUGCUGAUUAUUUACCUGUUAACAGAUAGUACCAAGCAGAUGUUAACUAGCACAUCACAGGCUGUGGGAUAGGGCCACAGAGUUGAUGUAGAAGCUAUACUGCCUGACAAUAGUUUUCCUAGUCUGCUUGCUGUGUUAGGGACCACACGAUGUCUGGAUCAGUUGAGAAUGAAUGUGUUCAAUCAAUAUGGUGAUCUGGCAAUGGGCUAUUUUACAGCAGCAUCAUAUUAGUUACAACAAAGUUUCUUUUUUUAAACAAAUUGUCAGGGACAAAUGUAGAAGUGUUCUUUGUACAAUGAAAUGAUUCAUAUCUAUUUCUUAGUUUAAUUACUUACCUUUUAAUGUCAGACUGGUUUUAAAAAUGUGAUUGAGAAGUGUUUUGAGUGGUGUCUAUAAGCUGACUGGAUUGGACCAAAUUGUUUGUUACUAGACACAGGCAGCUGUCUGUCUCUGUGAUUCAUUUACUCCUGGUGGGAGAACUGUGCUGCUAUUACCUGUAGCAUCUGAAACAUUACACUAACUUCAGAAAGGUGGACUACCUGCUGUUUGUCAUUUUAGCCAAAGUUUUCCCUUAUGGCACUAGGACCAUAUUUAUCACUGAUAUGAUUAGCAGUGGAAGUCAUCCCUCCUUUCCAUUAAGUCCAGCAAUAAGUGCCUUCUUCUAAAGAGGGCCUGUGGUUUGAUGGAAUGGGCCAGGUCAUGCUGGAUAGAGACUGCAACCUUUCCUCAUACACGAUGCACUAUGAAAACACAGGAGGUUAAAGAAAUUAGGGAGUAUUGGGAGAAAGAAAACCAAGCCUUCAUAGCAAUUAAAAGUUACAUCUUUAACUGUGGCCUUAGAAAGCUCAAAUGAUUCCUCCUUGGUGCCGAUUUGAAAAAUAAACAAACAAACAAUCUGAAAUGAAGUGAGCACAUUUCAACAAGACGAUUGUCAUAGUGCCAUUGGAUUAGUGAGGUGGCAGCCAGGGUUGCUACAACCCAGGCUGGUUAUCUGGAAAAGCCUGCGGAAAACUUGAUUGGAUUAUUGUUGUUAAUUGGUCAAGUAGUCUUGCCCUUGAGAAAGGGAGAUAUGGAGCAGUGCCAAGCACCUCAGUGGAAUGUGGCAAUUGUCAGCCCUGACCCAGUGGUUGGGUUGCAUCUGUCAGCAGUUUUUGUUUUCACUCAUCAUUCAGGAACUCACUUCAUUGAUGCCUUAGCUCAAAAGUUGCAAAAACCAAAAGGUGCUGAAUGGCAUUUGCAGGCUCCCCGAGAUGUGUUGGAUUCUUGGCACUGUCCACUCUGUCAUUCACUAUAUUAUAAUAUUUUAGAAAGAUAAACAGAGAAGGGUGUAGCAUGCUACAAGCUGUGUUUUGAACAGAAUACAUCACUAUUUAAACAUUAAACAUUGGUUCCUGUCCAAAAAGCAAUAAUUCUAGAUCAUGUAGAGAAAAUGAAGAAAUAACAUCAGAGAAAAGAGUUUUUAAACUCUGCUAAGUUACAACCACUGAAUUGGAAAAGAUUUCUCUUAUAAUGAAGAGGACUCUUGAGCACAGCAUGCCUAUAAAGGAGAACCUGUUACCUUGUCAAACACUGGAAUUGAACACAGCCUUACUUCAAACAGUGCAACAGUAGCACUGAAUUCAAACCUGGACUAUUUCUUAUCUAAAAUUGAGCCACACAGUCCAGUAAAUCCCCAUAACGUCUGGUCUGGCUGUGUUCUCGGAGUUUAACUGUUUUCUUAUCACAGAAGUGCAUGUAUAAAAUAGUCAGUACAUUUGAUUGCAACUCUCCAGCAACUGUAAUGUGAUCCAGAACAUUAUAUAGCCUGCCAGUUACAGAACUGCACAGGACGUAUUGGAUGAAAUGCAAUUCAUAUAGAUUGCACAGAAACCUCAAUUACUAGUCAAAACAGCAUGCAUAUGAGAACAUCAAUACUGCUCCACGGUCAUGACACGUGCAGUUGGCUGAUAUGAGGAAUGACUACUGAGGCGAGUUACAAGAGGGAGCCUGACCUUUAUUAAACUUUAUCUCACCAGAGGAGGACUAAGGGAAAAGUCUAUGUACGAAGAAUAAUACCUCUAGUUCACAAAAUAAAUCUGACAUCGUAAACUGAAGCAUGAGUAAUUUAUUGAUCGCUGUCAGCCGUUAAGUCUAUCUCAUUUACCACCAUUAAGUCAUUAUUAUUUUCAAUGUUUUUUGUUUCCGUUUUGAGGCUCUUUAGUGCAGAAAUACCUGCCCAUUUUCAACUAUUUUUGUGACAGUUGGCAUCCUUGUGGAAUACUCAUUUUGAAAAGCAGCCUGUUUCCAUCAUUUCCGACUUUUACUUGUGUGAAAUCACCAGGUUGGUUUUUCACUCUUGUUUGAUCUUGUUUGUAGCCUGCAUGCUGUUCAUUAACCUACAGCGAGGUAGACAGCAGUGCAGCUACAAUGUACCCACCCCUCCUAUCCCAUCCACAAGGGAAACCUGCUAGCCCUCCAGGCUGGACUGAAUUUCAUUGACUGGAGUGAAAUGGCAUUGCCCAGUGGCCCAUAAUCAAUUGAGCAGAUGGCAGGUGAAGAACACCGGGUGAGAAAAUUGCCAAAUAGAUACUUUUAAACCAUUAGUGUUUAAUGUUUUAAAUAGUGUAAAAUUACACAAUAAUUCAGUUGAUCUGCACAGAAUCGCACAUAGCCCAUUUGUAAUAAUUAACAUCCAUAACAGAGUUUCAGCAGUUUCUCCAGCAUUGUACCCAAUGAAAUCCAUAUCAAUCAUGCUAAUUGCACAUGUGGAAAGUGCAGUUAAAUGGAUGAUGUCAACUUGUUUUAGUGAGGGUCAUGCUGCAAGCAGAGGACUGUAACUUGACAAAAAAAGAAUAUCUAUGAAGAUGUUUAACACUAACUUUAAAAAGUCUAUAAAGAAAAUGUAGGAUUUGAGUUUCUCCACUGGUUGAGUGUUUGUAUUUUCUAUUCAAUACUUAUCUGGAAACUGAGUCUUCUAUUAAAAAUAGUCAUUUCUCAACA